AUGGGUUUGCACACAAGUUCUUCCACUCAAUCCAAGAAGAACUCAAGAACUCCUUCCAAGAAGCACUACAAGUCUCGUGCAACCCCAAUGCAAAACCCUGAAGCCCCUGUGCCUGAGGAUGUUUCAAACACUUCUGUCUCUGCAAAUGAUGAAGACGAUGUCGCGACAUCUUCCCAUGGAUCCGAUGAGACAUUGUCUGAUAAGCCUGCCAAGGAAGUUUCACUCUCGAAGGAUUCUUCCUCUUCAUCCAAGAGUUCUGAUUCCAAGGCUGCAAACUCAACGGAUGUUUUGUCAGAGGAGUCGAUGAAGACCCCUGCCAUUGUUCAUGAUGUCUCUGAUGAUGAAGAUUCAGAGGAUGUGCCUCUGGCGAGUGUUUCUGCCAGAAUGCUUAAACGAAGAAGAGCAUCUGUUGAAGAAACCCCUGUUGUCCAGAAGAAGAAAGACAAGAUCACUACUGGGUCUUCAAAAUCAAGGGCAACCGAUGUGUCAAGGAAAGGCAAGCAGAAAGCUGUGGAAUCGCGUGUUGCCAAAAAGAAGGAGAUUGCUUCUGAUGUGUUAGCCUGCAAAGAGAUCAUUGCCUUGAUUGCAAAAGCAGGGUUGAGGAAGACUGUGAUGAACAUAGGAAAAUGCUAUGACAAGCUUGUGAAGGAGUUUAUUGUCAAUCUCUCUAAUGAUGUUAAUAAUCCUGCCAGUCCUGAAUUCAGGAAAGUGAUUGGAGUGGUGAAUUGGGUUCUCUCUAACCAUACUUCUGUUGUUUCUACUAUGCUUGCCAAGCUUAUCUAUCGCAUUGGGACUGAAAUUGCUUAUGACUUUGGCAAUUUUGUGUUUUCCCAAACCUUGAAGCAUGCAGAGACAUGUGCUGUGAAACUCCCCAUCUCUUUUCCUUCUUUACUGACUGCUAUCAUUCUGAAACAACAUGCUAAUAUUCUCACUGUUGAUGAUGUUCCUGUGCCCAAAGGUACUCCCAUCACUUUGGACCAACGGUUGUUCCUGGAACCUCAUGUCCUGGACAUUGAUCUGCCAUCCAGUAGGACAUCUGUUCCUGUCUCUGUGUCUGCCUCAGGAACUCACAGUGUCAUUGCUGAACUUGAGGCCAUUUCCAAGGAACUUCAAGAGACCAUCAGGAUUGCUGCUGCUAGGAAGAUUAAGGUGGAUGCUCUCAUCCAAACUCUCAAGGGGGAAGCUGGUCAAGAGGGUGAGCAUGCAGCUGAUGCUAAGAAGGAAGGAUCUGCAGAAAAUGAUGAGGAAAACUCCUCUUCUGCUGGUAUUUAG